AGCAGCAUCAGCAGGAGGAGCGGAGACGGUAAUCCCCCCCUCCUCUUCCUCCUCCUCCUCUUCCUCCCCUGCUCUCCGUCCACCACCCCACCCCUCCCCAAAACCCAGAAACCGGAGGCAGAAGGGGAACAAAACCUCGCGGGACACCUGUGCUCGGACCGCGGAUGCUGGAUAACACUAUUGCGCUUUGGGAAAAAAAAAAAAAAAAAAAAAAACCUCUCAGAAGAUGUCAUGGUGAGGAUGGUGGGAGGCGGUGGUGAUUAAAAACAGGGAUGUGAAGCAGGAACGAGCGGCCAGAUCAGUUGACGGAGCGGUCGGCGGUGGAACCACCACCUCCACCAGCAGCAGCAUCAGCACCAGCAGCAUCAGCACCACUCGGUCGGCGGAUGUGGAGAUGUGAAGGCGGAGGGAUGGUGAUGAUGAUGAUGAUGAUGAUGAGGAUGAUGAUGAUGAUAUAGCAGGUGCUGCAGGGUCGUGCCGCAUUGCUUGACCGCCGCGAGCGACGCCGGGGAGACGGUGAUGCUGUCGUCGUCAUUGUGCCACAGAAACACAGAGAAAGAGACGAGAGGAGACGCUUUGACAUGGAGGGAAGUGGCUGUCUGUCGGCUCUGAGCUCAGGCCGCCCGGAUCAGCAGGUUGGAUAGGAUCUGAUUCGCUUUAUUUUCUACAUGUGGGUGGAAAAAAUACCAAAAAACAGAGGAGAAAUAAAAAGUUGAUUUGUCAAAGGUGGAAUUGAUGCGUGCGUAAAAGUGAGUGGCCCAAAUGUUGAUAAUACAUCAUGGGAGCAUCAUAGCAGCAGCGUCUGUGCCAGUUCAGGGUGGAUUACCGUCUACAGAGCAGCAGCAGGCCUCCAUCUGAAGUCACAGAGCAGGAAACAAGGGAAAAAACAAACAAACACCACACCAUCUAACAGACGUAGUGCCACCCUGUUGCUGGAUUUUACUUUAGUGUGUUUUGUCACUGGAAGCUGUUUUGGUGUGGUCCCCCGUGGAGGGACAGCUGUUGCAAAAGAUGACUCACUUGCAGGCUGGCCUCUCUCCAGAGACUCUGGAGAAGGCCAAGGUGGAACUGAAGGAAAACCCGGAGACUUUACACCAGGACAUCCAGGAGGUCCGGGAUAUGAUCAUCACCCGGCCGGACAUCGGUUUCCUCAGGACAGACGACGCGUUUAUCCUCAGAUUCCUCCGGGCGCGGAAAUUUAACCACUUCGAGGCUUUCCGGCUGCUGGCACAGUAUUUCGAGUACCGACAGCAGAACCUGGACAUGUUCAAGAACCUGAAAGCCACCGACCCGGGUAUAAAACAAGCCCUGAAGGACGGCUUCCCAGGCGUGCUCUCCAACCUGGACAGAUACGGCAGGAAAAUCCUGGUCCUGUUCGCAGCCAACUGGGACCAGAGCAGGUAUACAUUUGUGGACAUACUAAGGGCCAUCCUGCUGUCGCUGGAGUCCAUGAUUGAAGAUCCGGAGCUGCAGGUCAACGGUUUCAUCCUCAUCAUCGACUGGAGUAACUUCACCUUCAAGCAGGCGUCUAAACUGACUCCCAGCAUGCUGCGGCUGGCCAUCGAAGGCCUACAGGACAGUUUUCCUGCCAGGUUUGGAGGAAUCCACUUUGUGAACCAGCCCUGGUACAUCCACGCUCUCUACACCGUCAUCAGACCCUUCCUCAAAGACAAAACAAGGAAGAGGAUCUUCAUGCACGGUAACAACCUGAACAGCCUCCAUCAGCUCAUCCAUCCUGAGAUCUUGCCAUCAGAGCUCGGAGGGAUGAUGCCGCCAUAUGAUAUGGGCACGUGGGCGCGAACAUUACUGGACCACGCCUACGAUGAGGAGACGGACUACUGCCCGGAGUCCUAUACGCUGUCAGUACAAGACCUGGAGAGAGACCUGGAGAAAAAUCUGUCCCCAAAAACAAUGAAGAGGUCUCAGUCGGUGGUGGAGCCCGGGGUCCUGAAACGACCCGACAAAGUCAAAAGCGAAGAAGACAACAUGCAGCCGCUGCUCUCGCUGGACUAAAACACACAUACUGACAGCCCAGAAGCGUAUCCAAAUCAGUAUAUCCACACACACAAACACACUGACGUCUCUGUGCACAUUCUGUAAGCGACACCUUCCUCCAGAAAAUGCUGCCACUGAUGUUGGACACGUUGGACAUGCAGACAAACUGAGACCCAAGACAAGGGGGGGGGGGCAUCUUAAGAGCUACUGAUGGUGUUUCAUAUAUUUAUUUAGCUAUUUGUCAAGUGCCAAUUCCAAAAACUGUAAAUGUAACAUCUUUAAUCAAUCCAGGAAGCAGAAGGAGAGACUGAAGAACAAAAACAAAGAGACAGAGCUGUGCGAAAAUGUUUUCCUAUGAUGUAAAAAAAAACCUAAAAACUGACCACGGUGUUAAAUCAGACUUUAACAGGGGGCUUGGGAACCACCGACCCUGAGCUGCAGAUCUUUUAUUCUUCUUUGUACAGUAAUUUGAAGACGUACGGCUCAGGAUUAGCUGAAGUGACAACCUCCUGGACCCAAACUGGCAGGAAGGUCGUGGGUUUCUUUCCUGUCAAAUCAAUAUUUGAACUUUCAGUUUCGCUCCAGUUAUCGACUGGAAAAGCAAACCCCCCCUUUACGCUAAGAGUUGGCUCUAUUGUUCAUCUGAUUUUCCUGUUUUCUUUCUCUCCUUUUUGACACAUAUCUUACGCAAUACACAGCAUUUCUCCUGCCUUCCUGAAAAUACAGAGCUGGAGGAUCUUUUUGAAGGAUGAAUCACGUUUGUUCUCCUGCAGAAGGCCAUCACACGACCAAAACGCUCCGGUAUUUGGAAAAUCUAAUGUGUGGGAUGUCAAAGCCUCCAACGUAUGUCCUCUUUAUGUGACUUUGUGGUAAAUUUGUUAUAUUUAUUAACAAUCUUUCUCCUGAAAUGUUCAAAGAUAUGUCAGUAUUACAUCAUUUAAAGAAUUAAGCAUUGAAUGACUAUAUGUUUUACAUCAUUUACAUUUUGUAUGAAUGUUAAUGAAUUAAUAUCUGCCUCCUUCCAGUUGCAGAUCAAUUUAUUUCAUCAUUUUUAGUGCAUUAGUAGUGUUUAACAUUCCAGCUGAAAUUACUUUCUUAUGAAUAGAUUAUAAAUUUGCUCAGAUAAGUCGUUUUUGAACACCUCACGCUAUUAAUUUGCUGACGCUGUUAAAGAUUGAGUUCGUCCUAUGCACAAAGAUUUAGAGCUGAAGACAAACUAACUUCCAGAGUUAUUUAAGUACAAGAAGAUGAUGAUUUUUGCUUCUUUUUUUUCUUUUUGGUUGGAUUCAGCCACAACAUACAAUAACUUAUCAUGAAAAUGCUGUUUGGGAGAAAACUCUUUUCUGACAGCACAUGGAAAUUAGUUAUAAACCUGAAAAAUAGUGAAAUUCUGAAAUACUCCCAGUUUUUGCUAAUGUAUAACCACACUGCAACUCCAGUUAUGUUUUGAUUCACAACGUAACAUGACUUGUUUUACAUUUUGCUUCAUCCCAUCACUUGCAGGAGGUGUGAUCCUGCCAAAUAGGUAGAUGUAAUUGAAUAAAGGGCUCAUCGGUCAGGUAUCGCAAACUUGUAAAGGGCAGUUUUUGACUUUAACGAAUGUUUCAUUUGUUUGAGAUUGGAAACAUUUAUCGCGGCAACUGUUGUGGCCAUAAUAGGCAACGGGUCAGCGUAGUUGUUAAAGGGUCAAUAUGUAAGAUUACCAUGUGUGUUUGCUAACAUUAAGGUUGUGUUGUCAUUUGUUUGUUUGCUAAUGCUAAUUCUACAGUAAUGGUAGCUUAUGCCACAUACUGUAACAGCUACAGACAAGCAUAAAAGACAUGUUUUAUGUUACCUGUGGAUGCCAUAGACUGAAAACCCAAAGUCUUCAUCCAUUCAAGCCUUGGGGAUGCAUGAUGGAUGGCACAAUAACAAGUUCUUCCUGUAGUGGUCAUGUAUUUGUUAACUUUUGCACUGUCGCAAACUACAUGUCGGCUGUUGGUUGUUGCACCUGUGCUUCUCGCUGUUGCUCAGAAUUUGGUGAUAUAAGAUGGAAAAAUCUGGUUGUUACUAUGGAUGAAGGCAAUGUAGAGCUUGAAAAGGAGCUUGUAUCUGCAAAUCUUACAUACUGAAACUUAAAUUGCAAAACUGUUGAUCCUCAGUAAAUAUAAAUUGUUGACAGAAAACAUAUUUAAUGUGUUUUCUGCCAGAGCUGAAAAAUCACUUGACAUUAUCAGCUGUGACACCAGCAUUAAGACACUUUUAUAAGGUUUGUGUUCAUUUAUGAGGCUUGGACUUGAUCACAUCAGAGGUUUAUAGGACUUGGCUCAUCACUUACUUGGCCUGAACAACCAUUUGUCUUAUUUCACUUUUAGGAGGAACUUGUUGCUAUAGCACAUGUGAUAAGUUCUGUGUGGUGUCAAAGACUAGGAUUUUAUAUAUACAUGUACAGUAUAUUUACUUAUCCUUCUCUGAUCAGAACUGGAGCAAAAUGUAACUAAAUAUAAUUGGAGUUGCAUAUUAUUUCUAAAUUUACUUAAUUUCUGGGAGACUGGGUUAGUGUUUUCAGUGGGAGAUGUUUUAAAAAAAGACUGUGUUAAGCUGUGUUAAAUCUUACUUCCAUAUAGUAUUUUUAUGUAUCUAAAGUGCAGUAUUUUAUUAUGAUACAGUCAGAUUUUACUUUAAAUACAGUUGUUAGAGACGCUGCUGCUGCAGUCGCCACAGUGUAGAUGCACUAAGAGCUUUUUUCCAUUCACUUCUUUCACUUUUCCUUCAAACCUCCUUCUGUACGACACUGGCAGGAGUUGAAGGUGUAUAUUUAGGCUGCAGGUUUGUGUUAUGACAAGCAAAAAGAACGACAACCAAAUGUCAAGAGCAAGACAGGGAAGCAGAGAAGGGGGGAAAACUGUGGGUAUGAUGGGCAGAGGAGCGGAGGAAAAAGCCAGUCAGGCUGCCAAGCAGACAGCCGAGCAGAUCAGAGAACGGCCGGCGGGCAGGAAGCGUGAGGUGGCCGGCUGCAACGGGAGCAGACAGCUUGAAUGCUAAACUAUCACACCAGCGCACAUGACAUGUCAAGCCCAGUUAGAACAGCUCAGAGGCUGUUCCCCGCAUGCAGUCGACUUAGACUUGGGUCAAAUGUUUAAAGCAGACUUUGACGGAUAGAUAAAGCUGUCAAAUACAGUAUGUCGAUGAUGCUGUCCUUUACAUUAAAUGUGUCAUCAGUCUGUUUGAGGCUUGUUCUUUAACAGAAUGCUGGACUUAGAAAAAGAAAUAAGUAAAAAUCAAUCACUUGUAUGAUUAGGAUUUCUUCUCAUCUCAAACUGCUUUUACAUUUCUUAGAGGUCUUAAAGUCUGUGAUGUGAUUUUAAGGAUAAAUUAACAUUUUAAGCAUCAAACUCACCAUCAUUGCACAAUUAAUUCCCCUUGUCCACCCCUUUUAUUUCUGCAUUUUCUGAAUAAAUAUAGCUAAAUGUUCUGGGGCUAAAAGACGUAGGGUCUUCUGCUUGGUGGACUUGGGGAGAAAUCUAUUCAUUUGUCUGAACAGUGGUCUUCAAACCCAUUUACCAGAAAAAUUCUUUGCAUUUCUGCUGAUAGAUAUGUAUAACAUCAGUGUUUUUGAACUAAAAACAUGUCAUAUCAACAUUCUUACAUAUGAUUAAAUCACUUUAUACUGUUUAUGUAGGGUUUUUCUAUGGUUAAAAUGAGGCAGUGAUGGUAUUAACAUCCAUGUGGGCAGAAAGAAAUUGUCCAUUAUCACAACAAACACUUAAAAUCAGGGAAUAUUACAAAAUUGGGAUUGAGUGAUUAUCUUAUAUCCCAUAUUUUGUUGGUGGAGGUCUUCAU